UUUGUGUAUUAUUUUUCUUGAUGAGUCAGAUUAUAGGCUUUUCCAAGGCUUUUCCUAUUGAUUUUAAUGAUCAUAAACAUUCUGAAUUGAGAUAAUUGAUGAUUAAAAGAUAAUUUUCAAGACGCAUUUAUCGCACAGAGAUAAAGAGGUGUUAUUUUAAUCGGUCCAACAAGGAAAUUUUGUGUGAAAUCUUGGCAAGUGUCGGUAUUCUCCUGUAUUCUCCUAACAUUUUUUAUUGUAAUUUUUAAGCCAUGGAGUCGUACCAGAACGGAAAUAAUCAAACUCUAGAUCAGGAUUUUCAAAAAUUAUCUCAAACUGUAGCUAGCAGUAUACAAAAAAUUUCACAAAAUGUAUCUUCCAUGCAGAGAAUGGUUAAUCAAAUCGGGAGUCAUCAAGAUUCCCCGGAGUUAAAGAAACAAUUGCAUUCCGUUCAACACUAUACACAACAACUUGUCAAAGACACCAGUGGAUAUAUUAAGGAUCUGAGUUCGAUACCGCCUUCAUUGUCACAAUCUGAACAAAGACAGAGAAAAAUGCAACGCGAAAGACUACACGAUGAAUUUACAAGCACGUUAAACAUGUUUCAACAGGUUCAAAGGAGUACAGCACAGAAAGAAAAGGAACAAGUUCAGAAAGCUAAAACUCAGAUUUAUGGCGAUCAACCUUUUCUACCUGGAUACAAAAAAGAUCAGCAACUUAUAGAGCUGCAAGAUAGUGCGGCGAGGCAUCAAGUUCAAUUGCAAGAUGAAGCAGAUUUGAAGGCGUUACAGGAACAGGAACAAGCAAUUCGCCAGUUAGAGAUCGAUAUCAACGACGUGAACAAGAUAUUUAAGGACUUGGGCGCCAUGGUGCACGAACAGGGCGAAGUGAUCGACAGCAUAGAGGCCUCCGUGGAGAGCACCAGCGACUACGUGCGCCAAGGGGCUCAGCAGCUGCGAGAAGCCAGCACGUACAAGAACAAAAUUCGAAGAAAGAAGGUGCUGCUGAUAGGCAUCGCCUCCGCCAUCUUAGCUGUGAUCAUUCUCAUCAUCAUUUGGAAAACGAAUUAAUAUCUGAUUGAGCAAUAUACUCUGUUUUGUCAUCUGUUUAUUCUUAUAUAUGAAAAUUUCUCAAGAACUAAACUAUUUGACAAUGAUGAAUCGUCCAAAAGGAGGAACGCAAGUUAAAAUGUAGAUAUUUCUCAUCACACAGCUAAAUAAUGUCCAAAUUUUUUUGUAAGAGUAACUAAAAGUAUAUUUUUAAUCAUUUC